CCGACGCUGUGUGCCUGACCCUUGUUGUUCGGAUGAAGCUUGGCUCGACAUCGUCGUCGUCGUGCUGACGGCACGCGCAAACAGCCACUGGGCCUAGCCUCAGCCACCACCGUCCAAAGCACCGCUUCCGCAAUGGCGUCGAUCAUGGACCUGUCCGAACGUUGCGACGAGCUCCGGUCGCCGGGGGCCAUCAACCUCAUCGUGUCGAUAAUAAUCGUCAUCGGCAUGCUCAUCUCAUACCUCCCCCAACACUACCGAAUCAUCUCGCGCGGCACCUCGGAGGGCAUCUCGCCCUACUUCGUCCUGCUCGGCGUCACGUCGGCCACGUCGGGCUUCGCCAACAUCCUCACCUUACCCCAGUCCCGCCAGGACGUGGCCUGCUGCAAGGACCUCGAUACUUUUCACUGCCUCGCCGGCCUGCUCGGGAUUGCCCAGCUGGGCGCCCAGUGGAUAUGCUUUGCCGUAAUUCUCGUACUGUUCCUCGUGUUCUUCCGUUACGACAACGCGACCGUAUCCAGCGACGAAGAGGAAGACCUCGCAGCCGAGGAGCAGCCGAGGUGGCAGACGGCGGUGGCGGUGGCGUGCAUCUGCUUCCUGCACGGGCUGGUCGUCAUCGUGACCACGGCCGUCAUCGGUUACGUCUUCCCGCAGCACCUAUCCGGCUGGGCCAACACGCUAGGUCUGUCGGCGGCGGCGCUGGCCGGGGUCCAGUACCUGCCCCAGAUCUGGACCACGUAUCGACUCAAGCAUGUCGGCAGCCUGAGCAUCCCCAUGAUGUGCAUCCAGACUCCGGGCGGCUUCCUCUUUGCCAGCAGCCUUUUUGCCCGUUUCGGGCCUGCCGGAUGGAGCUCCUGGGGCAUCAUCUUGCUCACCGCCUCCAUGCAAGGCAUCCUGCUCUCCAUGGCCAUAUACUACGAGAUCAGGCGCGACAAGAGUCACGCCGAGGGGAGCCCCGCCACCGCGUCGGGCGGGGCGACGGGGCGGGCUCCGAAUGGGACCACUGUCUUGGUCGAGCCUCAGGGGUCGUCUGCCGCGGACGCCGACGGCCCAGCUGAAAGGCAGCCUCUGCUGAAGGCGUCUGGGAAUGGGGCAUCCUACAUGACGUAAGGACAGGGAUUUAUAAGCGGGCGUAGGUACCAAAGCUCGGAAAUGUUGUGCACGCAGCUCGAAACGUAUCGCAGGGUCGGAGAGGCGUCGCACAGGUUUCGUUCUAUUUGUCAGUCUCUUUUCCUUUCAUUUUCUGUGGCCUUAUUUUUAGAGCGUAUGUUUGUUGGGUAUCUACAUGAAUUCAUUCAAGGUACAUGGUACCUGCUUAGACAGAUUUCCUUCCCUUUUCUUUUUUCUUCUUCCUUUAUGCCACAUAGGACGGUAAUAUGAUACACGUGUGCCUGUG